GGACGGGGCAGUUCACUCGCUGCGGUCUCGGUGCCGCUGUGGCUGCGCCCAAGCCGAGCCUCCUGCCAGCACCCAUGGGCGCACGGCAGGCGCUGGGAGGGCGCGGGUUCCUGCCAGCGUACCUGGAAACCACGAGCAGCCAACGCCCGCUGCCGAGCCCCCGAUGGGACUAGGGCCGAGCUCCUGCACUCCUGACAGGGAUGAAGGUAGAGCCAUGUUACCCGCUACCUAAGCUCGCUGGUGCUGAUGUAGUUUGCGGAUAUGGUCCCAGACGUGGCUCUGUGCACAGACUCUCAGCUCUGAUCCCACCCGAGAGGAUUUAGCGGCAGCAGAGAGCCCAGCUGUGGAGCACGCUCCCCCGACCACCCCACGACGGAGGGGCUGCAGCGCUGGAGAGUUACUAUGCAGCUUGGACUGCUUGUGGUGGUGGUUUUUCUAAGCUCGAUGGAUCUAACAGGCAGCAGCAAAGUGGUGAAGGGCAAGAGGCAAAGACGAAUCAGCACCGAGCUCAGCCAGGGCUGUGCCAGAGGUUGUGACCUGUGCUCUGAGUUCAAUGGGUGCCUGAGGUGUUCCCCCAAACUCUUCAUCCUUCUGGAGAGGAACGAUAUCCGACAAAUUGGGAUUUGCCUGCCUUCUUGUCCGCUGGGAUAUUUUGGCCUUCGCAAUACGGACAUGAACAAGUGCAUCAAAUGCAAAAUUGAGAACUGUGAGUCCUGUUUCAGUCGAAACUUUUGCACAAAAUGUAAGGAAGGUUUGUAUUUGCACAAAGGGAGAUGUUACGUCACGUGCCCCGAAGGCUACGCUGCUGCCAACGGCACCAUGGAGUGCAGCAGUCCUGCACAAUGUGAAAUGAGCGAGUGGGGGCCCUGGGGGCCCUGCUCCAAGAAAAGGAAGCUGUGUGGCUUCAAGAAGGGCAAUGAAGACCGGACACGGCGGAUCCUGCAGGCUCCCUCUGGGGACGUGUCGCUGUGUCCUGCCACCACAGAGGUGCGGCGAUGCACGGUGCAGAAGAGCCAGUGCCCCGAAGGGAAAAGGAAGAAAAAGGAAGAGCAAGAAAAGCAGGAUAACGGGAACAGAAAUCGGAAAGACACCAAAGACACCAAGUCUGGCACCAAGAAGAGGAAGAACAAACAGAGAGGGGCCACGGUGCCCGCGACGCCCGCCAGCCCUGCCCAGUAG